AUGGCUCCUUCAUUCGAGGACGUUAGUGGCUCUCUCGACACAGAGCAACGAGGAACCAAGGCCUCAAGCCAUACGAAGGCUGGCGCUACACCAACACAGUCAACGCCAUCCACUGAUAUAGAAAACGAGAAAGAGACUGAAAUUCGAGGAACUGAUGCGUUUGAUUCGGAAGAAUCUGUAACUGCGGCGCCAAUCGAAUAUCCUAAAGGAAGCCACCUCGUUCUUGUUACGACCGCUCUUGUUUUGUCGGUGUUUCUGGUGGCACUAGAUCAGACUAUUGUCGGAACCGCCAUACCCAAAAUCACGGACGAGUUCAAAGGGCUUCAAUAUGUGUCAUGGUACGGCACCGCGUACUUUAUGACCUCUGCCGGCUUUCAGUCAUCCUGGGGCAAAGUCCCAAUAUACUUCAAUCUCAAAUACAGCUUCUUGGUCGCAAUGCUGGUCUUCGAGCUAGGUAGCCUCAUUUGCGGUGUUGCCCCGACUGCUACGGCCUUCAUUGUCGGGCGCGCGAUCGCUGGCCUAGGCUGCGCGGGCAUCACAACAUGUGCCAUGACCAUCAUAGUCCUCAGCUCAAGGCCAGAGAAUGUCCCAAGAUUCAUGGGAGUCAUAGGGGCCACGUACAACAUCGGCGCGGUAUGCGGGCCUCUGAUCGGAGGCGCGUUUUCGGAGGGCGUCACCUGGCGGUGGUGUUUUUAUAUAAACCUGCCCGUCGGUGGCAUCGCACUCCUUGUUGUGCUGUUCUUCUUCCAUAAUCCUAGCCAUUCGAAGCCGAUCGACGCCACCCUUCUAGAGAAGAUUGCGAAUCUAGAUUUGGGGGGCGUGGCUCUGGCCAUGGGGGCUAUCAUCUCGUUGACAUUGGCGCUCGAGUACGGCGGACAGAAGAUGCCCUGGAACAGCAGUACCGUCAUAGGCCUUUUGGUGGGCUUCGUGGCGAUUGGCAUCGCCUUUGUGGCCUGGCAGAUCUGGCAAGGCGACCGAGGGAUGAUACCGCCACGGGUUAUCAAAGUCUUACCCAUCUGGUCCAUGUCCCUGUUCCAGUUUUUCUUUGCUGGUUCUUACAUGGUAUCGCUUUAUUAUCUGCCGAUAUACUUUCAAAGUGUUCACGGUGUCAGUCCGAUCCAGUCUGGCGUGAGAAACCUCCCCUUGGUGAUCGCUUCGGCCAUUGCGAUCCUGUUGACUGGUCAACUCGUCGCCAAAACACAGAGGACUGGACCUGUGAUGGUGUUCGGCUCCUCUCUCGCAACCGUCGCUUGCGGUCUGUUUUAUACAUUUAACACCGAUACCUCUACCGGCACAUGGAUUGGGUAUCAGAUCCUUGCUGGCGCUGCUUGGGGUAGUGGCUUUCAGAUGGCGAUCAAUACUGUCCAAGCCAAAGCAAAGCCGGCCGACCUCUCAACCGCAAUAUCUCUCAAUUUCACUUUUCAAACGUUUGGGGGAGCCUUCGGCAGCGCGGCGGCUCAGAGUGCUUUUGUGAACAUCAUGACGAGCAAGUUGGCUUCUACUGCCCCCACGGUUGAUCCCGCCACAGUCAUAUUGACUGGCUCGGCCGAGAUUCGGAAUGUUUUUGCACCUGAUCAGGUGCCUGGGAUUGUGCUUGCCUACAUGUCGGGGCUUAAAGUUACUUUUGCCCUAAUGGCCGGAUUCGCCGGAAUGUCCUUUCUCUUGAGUGGUCUACAAAGCUGGAAGAAGAUUUAUGGCGAUAAGAAACCAAGCGAUGUUAUCCCAGCCUAG